AUGCACCUCCCGGACGCGCAUGCGGAACGCGACCCCGCCGCGCUCGCGACCUUCAUCCGCGCCAACCCUUUCGGCACGUUGACGACCUCAAUCGCACAUCCCACUAUCGACACCCUGCAGAGCACCCACAUCGUGUGGGUGCUUGACGACGCGCCGUCGGAGCCCUCGGGCUUGUUACUGCGCGGGCACCUGGCGCGCGCGAAUCCGCAGGCGCAAGCCAUGAUCGCGUCGCUCGCGGCCCACGAUCUCGAGGGUGAACUGGCAGACGACGUGCUCGUGCUCUUCACCUCGCAGACGCACAGCUACGUCCCGCCGCGAUGGAUGCCGGCCGGCAUGGCGAGCGGGCGGGUCGCGCCGACGUGGCAGUUCUCCGCCGUGCAGGUGUACGGGCGGGCGCGGGUCGUGCACUCGCGAAGCGAGGAGGCGCGGGGGGAGACGGACGCGUGGCUGCGCCGCAUGGUUGGCGACCUCACGGACCAGGAGGAAGCGCGGACGCACGGGACAUGGCGUGUCGACAAUGCGCGCGAGGGGUAUACGAAUGCGCUCAUCAAGGGGAUUGUUGGGGUCGAAGUGCGCGUGCGCAAGAUCGAAGGCCGGUUCAAGGUAGGGCAGGACGAAGCGGACGGGGACUGGACAGGCAUUGUCGAAGGAUUCAAGGGCAGAGGGACGCAGCUCGCCGACGACAUG